UUUCUUCCUCAAUAUGCUUUAAAUAUAUAUCUGAGUUCCCAUCUGUCUUUACAUUAUUAUUCAGUAUUUGUUACUCCUUUUCAGCUCACAAACACAUGAAAAUCUUCAACAUUCCCAACAACUCCAGCACCAUCACUGGCUUCAUCCUCCUGGGCUUCCCUUGCCCCAUGGAGGGUCAGGUCCUCCUCUUUGUGCUCUUCUGUAUUGUCUACCUCCUGACCCUCAUGGGGAAUGGUUCUAUCAUCUGUGCUGUGCGCUGGGAUCAGAGACUCCACACCCCCAUGUACAUCCUGCUUUCCAACUUCUCUUUCCUGGAGAUCUGGUAUGUCACCUCCACUGUCCCUAACAUGUUGGCCAACUUCCUUUCUGAGACCAAAGUCAUCUCCUUCUCUGGGUGCUUUCUCCAGUUCUAUUUUUUCUUCUCCCUGGGUUCCACAGAAUGUUUUUUUUUGGGAGUUAUGGCAUUUGAUCGAUACCUUGCAAUCUGCCGGCCUCUACACUAUCCAACCAUUAUGACUGGACGUCUCUGCACAAUUCUUGUGGCCAAUUGCUGGAUAAUUGGUUUUCUCUGGUUCUUGAUUCCUAUUAUCAUCAUUUCCCAGAUGUCCUUCUGUGGAUCCAGGAUUAUUGAUCAUUUUCUUUGUGACCCUGGUCCUCUUCUAGCACUCACCUGUAAAAAAGCUCCUGUAAUAGAGCUUGUCUUCUCCACCUUAAGUCCUCUGCCCCUCAUUAUUCCCUUUAUGUUCAUCAUGGGAUCCUACACUCUAGUCCUAAAAGCUGUACUAAGGGUCCCUUCAGCACCUGGGCGAAGAAAAGCCUUUUCUACCUGUGGGUCUCAUCUGGCUGUGGUUUCACUUUUCUAUGGCUCAGUACUGGUCAUGUAUGGGAGCCCAACAUCUGAGCAUGAAGCUGGAAUGCAGAAAAUUGUGACACUGUUUUAUUCUGUCAUGACCCCACUCCUUAACCCUGUGAUAUACAGUCUUAGGAACAAAGAAAUGAAAAGAGCUCUGCAGAAAAUUCUGGGAAUAUGA